GUGCGCGUUCUGGGCCGCUGUGGUUGUGGUGGUGGUGUCUCUUACCUGCGUGAGAUGGCUAUUUGUCUUGCGCGAAGGGUGACAUUCAAAAACUUUGCCGUCGUAAAGCCCGCUGCCGCUUGGUUCAGGGACUUGCGAGCUGGCAACUUUGAAUACAGUACAAAAAAUGAUACUGUAGAUGACAAAGCACACCCUGCCAUCAGUGAACCGAUUUCUGGGCCAACUGGUGAUAUCAAAAGUGCGAUUCUUAAGUCCGCACUUGACUUUAUUCCUCAGCAUGGUUGGACAUGGAAGUCUAUAGCAGCUGGUGCCAGCUCCUUGGGAUACUCCAGCGUUGCACAUGGCCUUUUUCCGGGUGGGAGUGUUGAUCUCAUAACAUAUUUCUACUUGUCAUCAAAUGAUGAACUGGAGCACCAGCUUGAAAGCAGCCUACAUAAAACUGAGCGGAGAGCUGUCGCCAAGGGAAAGUCAGCCUUCAUCCAAGAUGCUGUAUGGAGGAGAAUUUUGCUCAUUGAGCCAUACAAAACCAAAUGGGUCCAGGCCCUUGGCAUCAUGGCUUUGCCUCAAAAUGUCCCAGUUGCACUGUCCAACUUGGGAGACCUGCUGAAUAUCAUUUGGCACUAUGCGGGUGACAUGUCAACUGAUAUGAGCUGGUACUCGAAAAGAGCUGCUUUAGCUGCACUCUAUCAGAGCUCCGAACUUGUGUUUCUGCAAGAUAAGUCUACGGAUUAUACUCAGACACAAGAAUUUCUCGACAGGCGCAUCAAGGAGUUUGCCGCUGUUAGCAACUGUCUGGAGCAGGUGAAUCAAGUCAGUGGCACUGCAAAGGAUGUAGUUGAAUUGGGAUUUGCUACGCUAAAGAACGUGCUGGGAAUGAACACUCGUUAACAAAUACUAUUGGAUUAUGUGUAUUUUGGUGAGCAACUGCUGCAAAUAAAGAUGAUCAGACCUU